UGAAGGAGGCCAACAUGAGCAGCGAGGCCCGGACGCCGGAUCAAAUGGAAAGUUCAAUCGAUUAAUUUGCCAACUUUUUUUUUUUUUUACCCCUUUCACACGUUUUACCCCGCUCGCUUCUGUCACGAGGUGGUCUUGAUUUAAACACGGGGAGGGGGGGGGGGCUUCGGUGUGAAAUAGGAAAUGCAGAGAUCGUGUGAGGCGAGAGGAUUAUCAGCUUGAUUUAUUCGGUCGCUACUUCGGACGCGGAACUGCACUCGUUCAACGGUGAAUCAUGACAGAAUAUAAGCUGGUAGUUGUGGGAGCUGGUGGCGUUGGCAAGAGUGCACUUACUAUUCAGCUCAUCCAGAACCACUUUGUGGAUGAAUAUGACCCGACCAUUGAGGACUCCUACAGAAAGCAGGUGGUGAUCGAUGGCGAGACGUGUCUGCUGGACAUCCUGGACACUGCAGGUCAGGAGGAGUACAGCGCCAUGAGGGAUCAGUACAUGAGGACAGGGGAGGGUUUCCUCUGUGUCUUUGCCAUCAACAACACCAAGUCCUUCGAAGACAUUCACCACUAUAGAGAACAGAUAAAGCGGGUGAAGGACUCCGAGGACGUCCCCAUGGUGCUGGUGGGGAACAAGUGUGACCUCCCGUCCCGGACUGUGGACACCAAGCAGGCUCAGGACUUAGCACGCAGCUACGGCAUUCCCUUUAUCGAGACCUCAGCCAAAACCAGACAGGGUGUUGAUGAUGCCUUUUAUACAUUAGUGAGAGAAAUCCGGAAGCAUAAGGAGAAGAUGAGCAAGGAGGGUAAAAAGAAGAAAAAGAAGUCCAAGACAAAGUGUACCCUUAUGUGAAUAAUCACCCCUUUUCAAGACAGACGAAAAUAGAACUAUGUUGAACAGUUAAAGUAAUACAUUUUGUACAUUACACUAAAUUAUUAGCCUCUUUCUGAAUACCCACCAUACUGAAUACUAAACUUGACCCCCUUUCUGCCUUUAUUGUUUGCUACUCGGACACCAGUAUGCUUUAUUUUCAGUUUUGUGCCAGUUGCCCACAUGUGUUGGUCCAGCCGUUUGAUGUCAUUGGAUGAAUUUACAUUUUCUUUUUGUAUAAAUACCUAAUGGAGCGCUAAGCUAAUUGCAUCACAGCUCACGUUUUGAUAAAUUAUUAAUUACCAAGUCCCCCCCCUCCCCUCGUUUAUAAGGUCAUCCAUGACCUGUAAGAGAUUUUUUUUUUAAACUUUGGGAUGUCAAAGAAUGAACUUUCAUCUGUCGUGGACACAACGGAUUGGAGGGCGGGACCAGCAUUCAGCCAGAUGAGAUCCAAAUGUUCCGACAACCGUGUGACCGUCUCCUCGGUAUGACGUCACCAUGUCACAGAUUAGUAUGCAUGCAAACACCUCUCCUAAUAUUUUAACAACCUAACUAGCUAUUCAUUAAUUUGCAAUUUGUCAAUGCUUUGUACUUUGUGGGCAGUGACUUCUUGCCUUCAUGAGAUGUUUUUUUUUGCAUGCAAUGUCAACAGACAACACAAGUAUUUCAAACGUCCCCUGAUGAUGCAGCAGUGGGGAUUUUACGCUUUUUGUUUUCGGGCUUGUAUGAAUAAAGUAAUCAUCACUCGCUUUGGUGAGUAGCAAAUCUGCCAUUCUAACUCAACUAAUGACAAAUUCAGAGUUGGAUAUUCUUUGGACUGUUGAACAAGGGCCAGUGCCAUUUCAUGUUGUAGGGAUUCAUGCCUAAUGACCGUGACUACCAAGCAGCUUGUUGGACCUCAAACCAUGCCUGCUUUCUUGUACUCUAUUGCUAUUUGUUACAAAACAGUUGAGUUUUCCUACUCGACCCGUACAAGGACCGUUUAUUGGCUCUCUAGUCAACGUUUGUCAGGUUCAGUCUGCGGGUCGGUGAUUCUCCAGUAGCUGGCAAUAGAGCGUCCUGCCUUGCACAUUUUCCUAAGCUGUGGACUCGUUUGUUCGUGACUGGCUAGAAAGCAGGAAAGCGUCUUUUCUGCUGCUUUCAGGAGCGUUUUUCUGGUGUCAGAGGUCGUUUCAAAAAUGUUUUCCAAAAUGGAUUUUCGGAAUUCUUCCUUUUCGUCGGGUUUUUGGAUUCAUUUUUAAGUGUUGAAAUUGUUAGGUGGGCUGCCUUUCAACAGAAAUGAUUGUCCAGCAAGGUAAUUUGUCAUUUUCUCUCACAAAGCUUGUUUAUCUUGGUGGUGUUACUGGAACUGAUGUUUGUAAAUGAGGCAAUAAUUGACAUGAAAUUGGUUUUUACAGAGAAUUGUCUAUUAAAAAGUCCCGGGUCAACUAUUUCCAUCGUAUUUGCAAGCUGUUCCCCUGGGGAUUUUUAUUUGCCUGUUAUGUUUGCAUUAGGUGCUCCAUGUAGAAAGAGACCAGUAAACAUUUACUUUAAGAUGGGAAUGCUCAAGACAUGGACAAAAUGCCGUUCCAGCAGAGCAAAGAUAUUGAUACAGAAAAUCCACACAUUAUACAUUUUUCUUUUAGGAUUAAUGAAUUUUGACUGUUUAUCAUUACCUUUUUUUUAUUCAUUUAGUAGAUAAUAACUGUUAAAGCAAUUCUAAUUGUGGAACCCUCUCGUUAACCAAACGGUUUCAAAAGUAGUUUUACUGAAAUGUUUGAAUUGUUCCUCUUCCUUUUUUUUUGAUUGCGUGCCAACAGCUAAUUUCUGAAAUGUAUCAUUUAUACCUGGAUCAUAUUUUAACAACAUUUGUAUAGUUGUGAUACUGAAGGGUGCAUAUUUUGUAAAUUGUGCUUAAUUUUGUUGGUGUGUCUAAAUGAAUGUUGCUUUAAAGGUGUUCCGCUCUGUGUAUGUGAUUAAAGUGUGUGUGUGUGUGAUUGGGUCCAGGUCGAGGGAAGUGAAUGAAUGAAUGACCACUUUGCAACACACCUGUUGUGGGCAGUGCACCGUGGUGAUCUGAUCUCACACCAGUCUAUUUUUGCCAUGAAUCUCACCACUCCUAUUUAAUGUGUAUUAAAGAACAAAUACAAGAGGAA